GUGUAUUAUAACUACUUAUAUAUACUCUGAAUAAAACUACCUACUUUGCUUGCCGAUUGUAAAUUAUAGCUGCAUGUACACGUUGAUGAAGUUUUGCCGGUCCCGGUUCUGUGUAGCGCCCACUUAAGAGCAACAGCUACCCAUUUAAAAUUUUCUUUUAAUUCAUUAGCAAAAAUUAUUAGAAAAAAAACAAAGUUAAUAUUAAUAAUGGGUGUUCUCUUGGCGGCAAUAGGGCUUCUGCUAAUUGUUAAUACAGCCUGGUCUGCAGAUGCUCCUAAAGGACCAAAGGUGACCCACAAGGUCAAAUUUGACAUGAGCAUUGGCAACGAACCAAUUGGUACAAUUGUUAUUGGAUUGUUCGGUAAAACAGUUCCUAAAACUGCAGAAAACUUCUAUCAACUUGCUCAAAAACCUGAGGGUGAAGGUUACAAGGGCAGUAAGUUCCACAGGGUUAUUGAGAACUUCAUGAUCCAAGGUGGUGACUUCACUAAGGGAGAUGGAACUGGAGGUCGUAGCAUUUACGGCGAACGUUUUGAAGAUGAAAACUUCAAGUUGAGCCACUAUGGUGCAGGUUGGUUAUCUAUGGCUAAUGCUGGCAAGGACACUAAUGGGUCUCAGUUCUUCAUCACUACUGCUAAAACCCCAUGGUUAGAUGGCAGACAUGUUGUUUUUGGCAAAGUCCUUGAAGGAAUGGAUGUCGUCCGUAAGAUUGAAAAGACAGUUACUGGUACCAAUGACCGACCAGUCAAAGAUGUUGUCAUUACUAAUACUCAUACUGAAAUUGUUACCGAACCUUUCAGCGUCACAAAAGAUAGUGCUCAAUAAUACAUAGAUAAUAAAAUUUUAUAAGAUAGAAAAGAUUCAAUUGAUAUCAAUUUAACGCAUUUAAUUCUUAAUGUAAAAAUGUUUUAGCUAUGUAUCACAACCGCAAUAUAGAUAAAAUAUGUAAAGCAAUAAAAGAAACUAAUUAGUUAUAUUGUACAUACAUUUAUUAUGUGCAUUAAUGUUCAUAAUAAUCCCCUGAAAUGUCCUUGUUAAAUACAGCCAGAACUGUUUGUAUGAUUACAGGGUACCACAUAUAUUGCUUUUAUUAGCAUUUCAUUUGUGAUAAACAAUAAAAUAAAAAUCUAACAUGUUCAA